GCAUCGGCGUUUUUGGUCCUCCAAUAAUCGGUGUUGAAAAAUCAUAAUCGGUCGCCCUCUAGUCUCCAGGGGGGAUGCCACCAUCACAAAGGGAAGCAAUAAACUCAGCCAAGCCAGCAAGACAAUGGAGCAGUGGUCCGACGCCCUGGGAGAGCUUAUGUCGUGACCAGCUUCGAGGAAUAGGAUCCCGGUGAUGGAUAAAUGACCCAGUACUUCUGCAAAAAACGGGGCAGACAAAAAAAAAGAGCAACCAGGUAAUGGUUUUGAUUUGUGUGUUUUUUUAAUUUUAUUUAUUUUCACACCAACUGCAAUAUUACCUAGCCGGUUUAAUAUCCAAGCAGAAAACAAAAUAGCGCCAUAUGAUGGAGUAACUCAAGUUAAAUGUCUCAACGUAGUGGAAGCCCACCGCAAUACUCCUACAUUCUGCAGGGGAAAGAAAAAGAAAAAAAAUCAUAUAGGGUCAUUAGCAGAUAACGGCAUAUUAAAGCAAUUCAUAACACACACAGAACAAGCCAGUCGGCAAGUUGUGUAAGGAAAAUAGUUUGUGGCAGCAAGAGCCACCAAUAUAUUAAUGGAUACACACUGCGUCGUAGUGUAACGCUGACGAAACACAAGCAAGACAAACCGGAAGAUACAGAUGAACAGCGCGCAGCGUGUAGAGUUCUCAAGAGGGGCUGGCCAUGUGUCCAGACUGCAAACAGCCAGUGAAUAUACUUCCACGCAAGAUAUUACACCUACCAAGUAAACUUCAGAAAGUUUGUACCUCAAUCCAUACGGACCUCCGCGGAGAAAAUGAAAGAGAACGUGUGUUGCGGACCCCAGCCGUGACACAGGUGUACACUGGAGUAAAUCCUCACCUCUAAUGUAUUCCUCCGCGGAGGAGUGAUACCAAUAUAUUGGAGCGAUCCAAUAUAGUGAAACAUAACCACUUUCCAGAAGUUCCCUGUGUUUUUACAGCGAUGACAAAUUGGCCACGUGACUUAUCCUAGUGUGAAAGAGAAGAUAAACAACAUUCUCAGUUCAGAAAUGUUUAUAUCAGAACAAUACGACGACAAUGUUAUCAACACUUCAAACGUGAGUCAUUAAUUUGUUAUAUCUUGAAAGAAACCGGAAACAACAAUGAAUGUAACUAGCUAGUCGUUGGUGUAGUCUUCUGCGACUGUGUAACUAGCGCGACGUAAUUUUGGCUCUACUCAUUCUGUGGAAUCCCCCUUUUGUUUGCUGGCUGUCACUUUCACUUUUUCUUACAUCUUUACAUCCACCGUUUCGAGAAUGGCGGAGCUACAUAUUCAGGAAAAGCUGGUAAAUCUUUUAAAUCAAGAUCAUAUUCAGCUCAGGAAUCCACCUUACACAACAGAGGACAGCGAGGCAGGACAGCAAUCUCUUCAGGAGCUUGCAGUGAACUAUGCCCCCAUUGUGUGCAUCUCUGUGUCUGAAGUGGCCAGUGCCUUGGAGAGCCUCCGAUCCCAGGCAGUAAAGAGUGGAAUGGGGAACAAGACCUACGGAGAGACAUGUGUGGAACUCUUUCUGCCUAAAGACUUGAAAAGGUAUACCAAGAAGAAUCACUAUUUGGAGACAAAACUGGAUGUCCUUGCUCAAGAUAUCAUGGAUAGGAUUACUGAACAAUAUGGACUUAAAUAUAUCCAGUUAAUUUUUAAAGGGAAGACACUGACUCCUGAGAAGCGUCUGGAUGAACAGAAUGUGAAGAACAAAAGUAAGAUGAUGGUUCUGCGGGUGAGCGUGCCAGAGAGGAAGAAACAGAUGUUGGAGGUGGAGGAGGAGAAGAAAACACAGGACCAGAGUGUCCAGAGAACCCAGAAGGGCUUCCAGAUCCUAUCAGAGAGAGAUGGCACCGAUGACACAGCCACGACUCCAUUCCUAGAGAUUGCUGAUCAGAAGGGGAACCCCCUGAAAAUGCCUCACAGUAAGAAAAAGGCUCUGAUUUUAGCCAUGGGGUUCCAUGAGAAAGGCCGUGCUCUGAUGAAGAGGAAACAGUAUGAAACUGCUCUGGGCCACCUGGUGCAAGCUGACGACCAGUUUGUUAAGUGUGGCUUCAAGCUCUUGAACACAGUGGACAACUAUGCAGUACUGCAGCUGGACAUCGUGUGGUGCUACCGAGCCUUGGAGGCCCUGUCCUAUCUGGAUGACGGCAAGCGGAGGCUGCAGAUUGCUGAGGACUGCUUCCGCAAUUGCUACGGAGACCAGCAGCAGAGGCUCAUGAAGAUCAAGGGAAACACCAGAGGAGAGGAGGUGCUGUUCCUCAGGCUGUACCUCCUGCAGAGCAUACUGGCGCACAUGGUUGGUAACGAGCGCCAGGCCACACAGAAGCUUAAGCAGGCUGAGGAUCUCUAUGGGCGUCUGUGUCUGGACCCAGGGGAGAUAAAAGAGCUGAAGGAUCUGGGGUUCUCUGAGCAGGAAGCCCGUCUGGGUCUGAGGGCCUGCCAUGGCAACGUAGGCGAGGCCGCGCUGCACAUCACCCAUAGGAGACAGGAGAGGGAGGAGAUGAAACAGAAGGAGCGUGAGAAGAGGAGGAUGUGUGUGGAGGGCCUGGCUACCCUCAGAGAGCUGGGUUACUCCAAGAAAGACGCUGCCUGGGCCCUCCUUCAGACAGACGGAGACAUGGACGGAGCCUACAGGAUGCUUCUAGAUUCUGCUGCUAGAACCAACAACACAGAGCUCCCCAUAAAUCAAUCCAAGGUUGAGCAGCUGACAUACCUGGGUUUUGAGCCGGAGGUGGCCCUGAGGCUGACAGGGGAAAACGUUCAGGGGGCCACCCAGCUGCUGCAGGACAACCAGGUGGUCCUGCCCCCAGAACUGCUGUCCCCCUCUCCCGCCUCCUCACUGUCCGAGGAGCCCAGCACCACCUCCGAGUCCGCAGGUUCUGGGAGCCAAGGGGAGGCCCCAAUGGACGUUGACCUGGUGAAUGAGGUGCUGGAGGACAUCCCUCUACACGAAGAGGACUACCUGGACCUGACCCUGGAGGAGGAGAGCGAGGUCAUAGACAAGAUGAAGUCCUACCUCUACAAGAACUGUGCCUCCUCCAGCUAAAGUACUGUCCCGCCAGCAGCCAUUUUGAAAGCACUUCCACCACCACCUAUUCCACCGGUGUUUGAUUUGAGUCUUUUUAGGCCCCAAAUUAGGUUUGUUUUUCUCUCCUCCACAAGCAAUAUAUCGACAAUUGUAUUUUCUGUUUUUGUACUAAAGUGUUAUUAAUUGAGUUUAAUAACAUAAACAUUUGAAGCUGGUUGACUAUAAUUUGUAAGGAAGUAAACUGACAUGGAUUAAAGACAAGAAAAUUAAACAAAUUCAGAUUUAGUAGAUAAACAUUGUUAUUGCUCUAUGCUUAAUAGCUACAGAGAGGACAAGUUUGAUUAUUUGAAGGUUCAUGUUUGAGAUUAACACAGAAUUUAGAAUGUGAGGCCUUGAGGCUUAUAACUGUAUGGUAAACGGAUUUUUGGUUGCUUGUGUAAAAUAUGGUUCUAUUUUUCUUCAUCGCAAAUACUUUUGUAUAUGCUCUGGUUUAUGUUUGAGAUCCCUUUUUGACGGAAUUUGAUUAAGUUUGAUUUAAUGUUUUUUUAUAUUGUUUAUGGAGUUUGAUUGCCAAUAUGACAAUACAUGACUGCACUUAGUUUUUAAUAGGCUAAAUUACACAUUCUGUUAACAUAUACAGUGGGGAGAACAAGUAUUUGAUACACUGCCGAUUUUGCAGGUUUUCCUACUUACAAAGCAUGUAGAGGUCUGUAAUUUUUAUCAUAGGUACACUUCAACUGUGAGACGGAAUCUAAAACAAAAAUCCAGAAAAUCACUGUGAUUUUUAAGUAAUUAAUUAGCAUUUUAUUGCAUGACAUAAGUAUUUGAUACAUCAGAAAAGCAGAACUUAAUAUUUGAUACAGAAACCUUUGUUUGCAAUUGCAGAGAUCAUACAUUUCCUGUAGUUCUUGACCAGGUUUGCACACACUGCAGCAGGGAUUUUGGCCCACUCCUCCAUACAGACCUUCUCCAGAUCCUUCAGGUUUCGGGGCUGUCGCUGGGCAAUACGGACUUUCAGCUCCCACCAAAUAUUUUCUAUUGGGUUCAGGUCUGGAGACUGUCUAGGCUACUCCAGGACCUUGAGAUGCUUCUUACGAAGCCACUCCUUAGUUGCCCUGGCUGUGUGUUUCGGGUUGUUGUCAUGCUGGAAGACCCAGCCACGACCCAUCUUCAACUGAGGGAAGGAGGUUGUUGGCCAAGAUCUCGCGAUACACGGCCCCAUCCAUCCUCCCCUCAAUACGGUGCAGUCAUCCUGUCCCCUUUGCAGAAAAGCAUCCCCAAAGAAUGAUGUUUCCACCUCCAUGCUUCACGGUUGGGAUGGUGUUCUUGGGGUUGUACUCAUCCUUCUUCUUCCUCCAAACACAGCGAGUGGAGUUUAGACCAAAAAGCUCUAUUUUUGUCUCAUCAGACCACAUGACCUUCUCCCAUUCCUCCUCUGGAUCAUCCAGAUGGUCAUUGGCAAACUUCAGACGGGCCUGGACAUGCGCUAGCUUGAGCAGGGGGACCUUGCGUGCGCUGCAGGAUUUUAAUCCAUGACGGCAUAGUGUGUUAUAAAUGGUUUUCUUUGAGACUGUGGUCCCAGCUCUCUUCAGGUCAUUGACCAGGUCCUGCCGUGUAGUUCUGGGCUGAUCCCUCACCUUCCUCAUGAUCAUUGAUGCCCCACAAGGUGAGAUCUUGCAUGGAGCCCCAGACCGAGAGUGAUUGACUGUCAUCUUGAACUUCUUCCAUUUUCUAAUAAUUGCGCCAACAGUUGUUGCCUUCUCACCAAGUUGCUUGCCUAUUGUCCUGUAGCCCAUCCCAGCCUUGUGCAGGUCUACAAUUUUUACCCCUGAUGUCCUUACAUAGCUCUCUGGUCUUGGCCAUUGUGGAGAGGUUGGAGUCUGUUUCAUUGAGUGUGUGGACAGGUGUCUUUUAUACAGGUAACGAGUUCAAACAGGUGCAGUUAAUACAGGUAAUGAGUGGAGAACAGGAGGGCUUCUUAAAGAAAAACUAACAGGUCUGUGAGACCCGGAAUUCUUACUGGUUGGUAGGUGAUCAAAUACUUAUGUCAUGCAAUAAAAUGCAAAUUAAUUACUUAAAAAUCAUACAAUGUGAUUUUCUGGAUUUUUGUUUUAGAUUCCGUCUCUCACAGUUGAAGUGUACCUAUGAGAAAAAUUACAGACCUCUACAUGCUUUGUAAGUAGGAAAACCUGCAAAAUCGGCAGUCUAUCAAAUACUUGUUCUCCCCACUGUAUAUCUCCAGUGAGCUUUUCUUGCAAUUUAUAGUCUGACAUUUGAGAUUUAGAUAUGAUAAUUUAUCACUACGUAGUGUGGAGGUAGUGAACAAUUUUUUUCAAAGGAACGUUAGUUAAGUAAACUACGCUGAACCAAAAUAUAAAACGCAACAUGUAAAGUGUUGUUCCCAUGUUUCAUGAGCUAAAAUAAAAAAUCCCAGAAAUGUUCCAUAAGCUCAAAAAGCUUA